AUGGUGCAUGUUGGCAUUGUUGGUGUUGGUCUCGUUGGAUCCGAAUUGCUCUCCCAAUUGGCAGCUACUCAAGCCAAGCGUCUCAAAGUGGUUGGUCUCACCAAUUCGCGUAAAAUGAUCGUGUCCGAGAACUACGCUCCUUUAUCCCUUACUUCGUGGCAACAGUCGCUUGAAUCCAGCACCACUGCUUCCGAUCUCACUCAGUUUGUCAAGUACAUGAGCAGCUCGCCUGAACAUGCAGUUAUUGUUGAUUGUACUGCAUCCGAUGCUGUGUCUCAGUUGUAUCCCUCUUGGUUGUCUGCUGGCGUCAGUGUGGUGACUCCCAACAAGAAAGGCUUCUCUGGUUCUCUUGACCUGUACAAGCAAAUCGAAUCGCUUGCUGCCAACUUGGGUGCUAGUACAGGUAACAACAAGCCUCUUGUGUAUCAUGAAUCGACUGUGGGUGCUGGAUUGCCGGUAUUGAACACUUUGGCCGAUCUCGUAAAGACGGGUGAUGAAAUCCAAACGAUCGAAGGCAUCUUUUCUGGCACGCUCAGCUAUUUGUUCAACAACUUUUCUUCAUUGUCUGCUGAUGCCAAGAAGGAACCAUUCUCCUCCAUUGUCAAGGUCGCCAAGGAACUUGGAUACACUGAACCUGACCCUCGUGAUGAUUUGAAUGGUAUGGAUGUCGCUCGCAAGGUUACUAUCUGUGGUCGUUUGGCUGGUUUGGACUUGGACUUGUCAACUUUGCCUGUGGAAAACAUUGUCCCUGAGCCAUUGCAAGCUGUUGCUUCCGCUGAUGAAUUCAUGGCCAAAUUGCCCGAGUUUGAUGAUCAUUUCUCCAAGCUGAAUGAGGACGCCAAAAAGGAUGGCCAAGUGCUUCGUUAUGUUGGUCUUGUGGAUGUCAAGGGUGGUAACAGUGGUGUCAAGUUGAUCAGAUACCCUGCCUCUCAUCCUUUUGCCUCGUUGUCUGGCAGUGACAACAUUAUCAAAUUCACCACAAAGUACUUUCCCAACGGCCUCAUUAUCCAAGGUGCUGGUGCUGGUGCAGCUGUCACUUCCUUUGGUAUUUAUUCGGAUUUGCUCAAGAUUCAAGAGCGUGUCGACGGCUAUUAA